AUGUAUGGUGUUAUGGUAAAGUUCAUCAGAAUUGAAAGAUCUGAUGAACAUGGCAUGCAUGAUCAACAGAUGUUGAAGAUAUUGGAAAUGUCAGGAUUGGUAGCAUUGGAAUAUAACGUAAAGUCAAGAGAACCAAUAGUAUUUUGGAGGAGUCUAAGAUAUGCAAACAAAUUGGUCAUAAUAGCAAAACAUCCAAAGGAAAGGAGAUCAAGAGGUUACAGUAUAGGAUCCGGAAUAUUAAAUCUGGAGGGGGGAGCAUUUUUUAUGAAUUUUACGGCAGGACCAACAUUAGAGUCAGUAAUUCAUUGGAAAAAUCGUGCAUCGAAUGAAAGUUCGGGAUUAACUGAUUCAUGUAUUACAUGGUGGCCGUGUGAUCUACAAGAAUUGUAA